AUGGAGUACCAGCCGCUGCCGGACCGCGCCUCGUGCUUCCCCACCAGCGUGUGCGAGGAGCCCUUCAUCGAGACCAUCCCGCCCACGCUCACCACAGACCGCCUGUGCUCCUGCGACACGCUCACCUGCAACAAGCUCGUCACGCAGCUGUUUGAGGAGAUGCUCGACGUGGUGCUUGAAGUGUGCUGCUCUGGCCAGGGCAAGGAUGGCAUCCACGCCACCAUUCGCCAGAUGGACGCCUACGCGGCACGCCGCUCCUGCCCAGGCUGCACAGACACGUGCGAGUGCAGCGCUGGCUUCAUCCUUGUCUACGACGCCGACUCAGCCGACUGUCGGCCAUGCGACGGCGUGACGGAGUUCUCCCCAUCCGUUGGCGGCAGCAAGUACGAGCCCAUUGAGGAGUGCGAGCGCGGCCAGGAGGAGGUCGCCGCGCCAACCCGCUGUUCAUCGGACCGCGUGUGUCACGACUGCCCGGCCGGCACCAUCGACUCGGACAGUGACGGCUCCAACCACCCACUACACGGAGGCGAGCUCCGACAGCUCCUGCUCCAGGUGCAGGCCAUGACACUCCUCAUCAGCGACCGCGUCUGCGACGAGUGCACAGAGGGCACGCACAAGGCUGUCUCUGGCCAGGGCGUGCCCUGUCUCCCCAUCAUCACCACGUACGAUGCCGGCGAGGAGGAGACGGCCGAGUCCACCCCAACGAGCGACCGCGUGCGCAGCCUGUGCGAGCUUGAUGCCACCUUCAAGUCCGUUGACGGCCAGGCCGAGUCAUGCCGCCCCGUCACGCAGUGCGGCCCGGAUGAGGAAGAGAUUCGCUAUGCAAACCCACACGCCAGCACGACCGCCUCUGCCGCAAGUGCGUCCAGGACACGUGCGUGCCCGUGA